AGGAGGAAAAGUGGUUGCCACAAUUGUCGGAGCAUGAAGUUCAAAAUAUCACAGCAGCAAGGCGCAAACAGCCACAGCAAGGCGGUCACGUGCGUAACGUGGAUCUCGUCGGAUGAAAUAUACUCGUGCGGCGACGAUCACUCGUUGAUGUGCUGGAAGUUCGAGGACGGAGCGAUCAACUCGAGAGUCGUAGCCGAGCUGCCCGAGGACUUUUACCCGACGGACAUGCAAUGGCAGCCGAGGCCCGCUCAGGCGAGCGGCGUCGGGGCCGUGAAAAAGCAAUCGCUGGACGUCCUGCUGAUCAGCACGGCUGACGGCAAGUUUCAUCUGGUGAGCCGAGCCGGCCGCGUCGAGAAGUCCGUCCAGGCGCACACGGGGGCCACGCUGUCCGGCAAGUGGAGCCAGGACGGGAGCGCCCUCAUGACAGGUAAGCCGAUCGGCGGCCGGCGGAUCGCGCGGACGGGAACGAAUGACAACGCGUGGGUCGAUGCUCGCAGCCGGCGAGGACGGGCUGAUAAAGGUCUGGUCGCGCAGCGGCAUGCUGCGUUCCACCGCGGUCCGCGGCAGCCAAGAGGUGUUCGCGUCCGCCUGGAGCCCCGACGGCUCGUCCAUCCUCUACUCCCAGGCGUCGUUACUGCUCGUGCAGUCGCUCACGGCGAGCGGCAAGCCUACCAAGUGGGUAGCUCACGACGGCCUCGUGCUCGCCGUCGCCUGGAAUCCAUUCCACGAUCUCAUCGUGUCCGGCGGAGAAGACUGCCGCUACAAGGUGAGCCGAGGUCGCGCGGAAACGAUGCGCGACCGAUCUCCGUCGAUCUCCGUGCUCCUCAGGUUUGGGACGCGAACGGGGCCAUCCUGUACGCCAGCGGCCCGGGCGAUCAGCCGAUAACGGCGCUCAGUUGGUGCUCGUCCGGCAGCUACUUCGCCGUCGGCUCGUUCAACGCGGUCAAGCUGUGCGACAGAAGCGGAUGGCCGCACUCCACGGAGAAGCUGCAGGUGGGCAGCGUCUACGACGUGGCCUGGUCGAGCGACGGCACGCAGGCGGCCCUGGCGUGCAGCUCCGGCAGCGUGCCGAUCGCCCACGUGAUCGAGAGGAGGCUCGCGUACGGCGGCUACGAGGCCACCUUGAUCAAGCGCAAGGCCGUGCUGGUGAGCGAGGUCGGCAGCGACGUCCGGGAGACGCUGGACAUCGCCGAGCGCGUGGUGCAGCUGGCGUUCGGCUUCGACCACCUGGUGGCGGUCACGCCCAGCCAGUGCCACGUCUACUCGGUGAAGAACUGGAACACGCCGGCGAUAGUCGACCUGAAGGGCGGCUCGGUCUCGGCCGUGCUGCUCGCCGACAAGCACUUCCUGCUGCUCGAGUGGAACGCGAUGUCGCUGUUCAACUACCAGGGCAGGUCGCUGGGCGCGCCGAGAUGGAAGAACAUGACGGCCGAGCCGCUCUAUCCACCCUGCGUGUCCGUCUGCUGCGACACCAUCGUCGCGAGGGACCAAACCAAUCGCAGACUUGUGCACGUGCUGGAGGUGUCGCCGAAGAAGCCGCUGGCCGAGGCCCAGCCCUACGCGCACGCGCAGGACGUGACGAGCCUGGGCCUGAACUACGUGGGCGGACUCGGCGACCGGCAGCUCGCGCUCGUGGACGCCAAUCGCGACCUGUUCCUCGUGCCCGUGCGCUCGGCCGGCUUCGGGCGCGCCUGCAGAAUAGGUAGGUGCAGGCCGAGAGUUGCCGGGCAGCUCCGACGGACUGAUCCCCUCGAACCCCCACCCCCGUUGCAGCGGCGAUGGCGCAGAGCGUCGCCUGGGCGAGCGACGCCAACGUGCUGGCCGGCAUGCUCGACACCACUCUGUCCGUCUGGCUGUGCCCCAGCUGCCUGCACUGCGGCGACCGCAAGCUCGCGCGCAGGACGCGCGUCGACAAGGACAGCAGGUGACACGCGCGCCGUCGCUCGACGACCACGGCCGGACCGACUCUCUCUCUCUCUCGUCUUCUUUUCACAGCGAGUUCGGCAAGCAGCCCGCGAUCGUGAGCGUGAGCAACGGCCUCGUGACCGUUCGCCGGGGCGACGGCGCCCUGGUCGUCUCCUCGUUCUACGCCUUCGUCGGUACUCUGCACCGGCACAUCCUCAACGGACAGUGGGACGAGGCGGUCUCGGUCUGCCGCAUAGUCCAGGUAUGCUCGCGCGACAGUCGCGUUCGCUCCUCGCGCACCCUCCAAUGCGUUCGCUCUGGCUGCAGAGCGACACCCUGUGGACCUGCCUGGCGGUGAUGGCCAUCGACGGCAGGCAGCUGAACAUCGCGGAGGAGGCAUGCGCGGCCGUCGCUCGCUUCGACAAGGUCGACUACAUCCGCUAUAUCAAAGUGAGCGGCUCGCCUUUUUACCGCUCUCCCUUCGCGAUCGAACGCUCACGACCAGCUGUCGCGCAGGAAAUGCCGAACGAGACGGAACGCCUGGCGGAAAUGGCGCUGCUGGCCGGCGACCUGCUCGGCGCCGAGGGCAUCCUGCUGCAGAGCGCCAUGAUCGCCGAGGCCAUCAGGAUGAACCUCCAGAUGUACAACUGGAGCCGCGCGCUCGAGCUCGCGCUCAAGCACAAGAAGCUGCUGGCCGAGGUGCUGGACGCGAGGAAGCGCUACCUCGAGACACUCGAGAAGAGGGAAGUGAAUCGGAGCUUCCUCGCGGUCUACGGCAACAUCGCCAAGGCGCAGGCCGCCAAGAGGGUACGCGUCGGCGUUCCAAUUGACGCGCCGCGGGAACGCGUCGACGGCGCUGCUCAUCCUUCGCUCUUGCUUCCAGGAGGCGCGAGAGAGGGAGAAGGAGAGGGCGCGCGAGGCUCGGGAGCUCAGGCGGCAAGAGUCCAAGGCCGGCGAGAAGAACAGCGUCGACGCGGAGAAAUCGACGACCCCGGAGAAGGGCUGAAUCGAUGCGGUCGCUUCUGCUCCUCUGCGUCCUUCGUGCAAAGCGCCGUCCUCUCUAUAUUUAUACGUUAA